AUGCCGAGAUCCUUUUAUAACAUACUUGUUUUACCCUUUCUUUAUUGGCUCUUGCUUGUUCCUUUAGCCAGUUCAAUCAACUUUCACAUUCCUCGGUUCGACCCUAAUGCAAAUGACAUUUUCUAUCAGGGAGAUGCAACAGCUUCAGUUGGAGAGAUUGAAUUUAACAAGCUCAAUUAUCUUUGUCGUGUUGGUUGGGCCACAUAUGGUGAGAGGGUGAGGCUUUGGGACUCUAACACUGGGAAGAUGUCCGACUUCACCUCCCGUUUCACAGUCACCAUUGACACCCAGGGUUCAUCAAAUUCUGGCCAUGGGGUUGCAUUCUUCCUUGCUCCUGCUGGAUCUCAAAUCCCACCAAACUCAGCUGGUGGCUUUUUAGGCCUGUUUAAUACUACAACCUCUGAUUCAUCUACGAACCAAAUAGUUCUUGUUGAAUUUGAUACUUUUCCAAACCCUGAAUGGGAUCCUCCAGUUCAGCAUGUGGGGAUAAACAAGAACUCCAUUGCUUCAGCUGUCUAUACACCUUGGAAUGCUAGCUUUCACAGUGGAGAUCCUGCAGAUGUACUGAUUACUUACAAUGCCACCUCUAAGAAUUUGAGUAUGUCCUGGAGCUACAAAAAGACCAACAAUCCGAAAGAGAACUCUAGUCUCUCUUAUCAAAUUAAUCUGAUGGAGGUUUUGCCAGAGUGGGUUAUGGUUGGUUUUUCAGCUGCUACAGGUAUGUAUUCAGAACGACACACACUGCAUUCAUGGGAAUUCAGUUCAAGUUUGGAUAUAAAAGAGACAAGUGGAAAGAAUGCGAAAAAGACUAGAAUUAUAAUUGCCACUUCGGUUUCAGCGGCUGUCUUGCUAGCUGGAAUCCUGAUAUCAUUUAUAAUUUUGUGGAGAAGGAAACAGAUACUGGAAAGGAAUAGAAGAGUGGCAUUGAAAGUAGCAUCAAUUACUGAUGACUUCGAAAGAGGAGCCGGACCAAGAAGGUUCACAUUUGAAGAACUUGUUUCAGCAACCAACAACUUCUCCAAUGAGAGGAAGUUGGGUGAAGGUGGGUUCGGUGCUGUUUACAGGGGUUACUUAGCAGAUUUAGAUAUGGCGGUUGCUGUCAAGAAGAUAUCAAGAGGUUCCAGGCAAGGAAAAAGGGAGUACAUAACCGAGGUGAAGAUCAUUAGCCAGUUAAGGCAUCGGUAUCUUGUUCAACUUGUGGGUUGGUGCCAUGAUAAAGGUGAAUUUCUACUCGUGUACGAGUUCAUGCCGAACGGUAGCCUUGAUUCUCAUCUCUUUGACAAGAAAACGCUUCUUACUUGGACUUCAAGGUACAAAAUUGCUCAGGGUUUGGCCUCUGCAAUGCUCUAUCUCCAUGAAGAGUGGGAGCAAUGCGUGGUGCACCGUGAUAUAAAAUCAAGCAAUGUAAUGCUGGAUUUAAGCUUUAAUGUCAAGCUCGGGGACUUCGGGUUGGCUCGGCUUAUGGACCAUGACCUAGGCUGGCAAACAACCAGGUUGGUUGGAACAUUAGGUUACAUGGCACCUGAAUACAUAAGCACAGGUAGAGCUAGUAAAGAAUCUGAUGUAUUUAGCUUUGGAGUGGUUGUGUUAGAAAUUGCCACUGGCCGAAAGGCAAUUAAUCCUUUAAAACAAGGUUCUGAAACGAGUUUGGUUCACUGGAUUUGGCAUCUGUAUGAAAUCGGAGAGCAUCUGUCGGCAAUUGAUGAGAGACUUAAUACAGAGUUUGACAGGGACCAGGUGGAUUGUCUGAUGAUAGUUGGAUUAUGGUGUGCGCACCCUGACAGUAGUCUGAGGCCUUCAAUAAGGCAAGCUAUUCAAGUCCUGAAUUUUGAGACCGAUCUGCCAGAACUUCCAAGGAUAAUGCCAACUCCUGUUUAUGUUCCCACUGCAUCUGUCAGUUCUAGUGAGCCUUCCAUAACCACAUCAAGCCUUCAAAUUGGCCGCUGA